CCGGUAUCUCCCCUUCAAUUUUCGAUUCGAUUCCGAUCAGUUCAGGAUCUCCUUCUAUCUCUAGCUGACUUCCCUGUAUCGUAUAUCCCCCCUCUUGCUCGCCGUCUGCGGCCAACACCGCUGCAAGACAACGAAAAUUUCGUCUUUCAUGGUGGUGCUAAACUGUUUACUAUUUCAAUAUUUCCAAAGAGCAAAAUGGACUCGAUCAUCUCCUCAGCUCUGGAAGAAAUCUGCUUCCACGGCCAAGUAGGUAUUUCUCUUUCCUCUCUCUGCACCAAAAUCGGUGUCCCUCUUCCUCUCAAACCCUCCCUUUGGAAAAAUCUCCUCUCCAUCCCCGUUCUACGGUUCAAGGCACCAAACGCCGAGUUUCUUAACCCUACCGAUGCCUCUAUUCAAUGCUCUGAAGUUGCGGAGAAGCUCAAUAUUAUUAUCUUGGCUCAUGAAACGCUUAGAAAUAAUUUCGUUGGACUUUACGAUGAAAAUGUUCAAAUCUCCUCUCAACAACGUCGCACUCUUGAGAGACUUGCUAUUGCUAGAACAAAUGGAGUGACACAAAGUCAUCUUGCAAAGGAAUUUGGUAUUGAAGGGAAGAAUUUCUUUUACAUAUUAAAGAACCUUGAAUGCAGAGGGUUGAUUCUGAAGCAACCAGCAGUAGUUAGGAAGAAAGAACAUUGCAGUGAAGGGGAGUUCAAAAACAGUUCACCGGUGGUCACCAAUUUGAUAUACUUACAUAGAUAUGCAAAGCGUUUAGGCUCUCAACAGAGGUUUGAGAUUAAUAAAGAAGACGAAACAGUUGAAAGUUUUGGGUAUGAUGAUGAAAAUGUUCCAGAUGGCGAUGGUUUUGCUUUAGAAAAUGCGAACGAUAAUGUUCUUGUGAAUGAUUAUCUACCUGCAAUGAAAGCUGUUUGUGAUAAACUAGAAGAAGCCAAUGGAAAGGUUCUUGUUGUCUCAGAUAUUAAACGAGACUUAGGUUAUACAAGAUCCUCUGGUCACAAAGCCUGGAGAAAUAUCUACCGCAGGUUAAAAGAUGCUGGUCUCGUUGAAGAAUUGCAUGCUGUUGUGAAUGAGAAGGCUGAGAUUUGCCUAAGGUUGGUGAAGAGGUUUCCUGAAAAGAAUUUAGAGCCAAAUCUUCUUGGAUGUGAUGAUCAUCUUGACAGUGGACAACAGCUGAAGUUUGGAAGGUCAAUUCUGAAUGUUGACCAGAUUGUAGAGCUUCCCAUCGAUAAUCAAAUUUACGAUAUGGUUGAUGCUGAAGGAUCUGAGGGUUUGCCUGUUAUGACGGUUUGUGAGAGGCUUGGAAUUGAUAAGAAAAGGAGCUAUUCUCGAUUCUUCAACAUGUUCUCUCGGUUUGGGAUGCACCUGCAAGCUGAAAGCCACAAAAAAACUACAGUUUAUCGAGUUUGGACAUCUGGGAAUUCUUAUUGUAAAUCAUCAAAUGCAUUUUUGAUUAAACCAAGUGAUGCCGGUGAUGACAAGCAGAUUUCUGUUCUUGAUUGUGGCCAUUCAGAAGUGCCUGAUGAAUCGAACCAAAAUCUUAUAGAAUGCAAUCCUUCAACAUCUGCAGUCGGUUCUUUUACUCCCGUGAAAGUGAAUGAUAUGGAAAAUGAUACUGAAAUUUCCUGCAGCUCCCUUGGAGAAACUAACCAUAUUGUUCUAUAUUCUGACAACGCGCAAAGGCUUCCAAGUGAGCAAAGUAAUACUGCCCAGGAUGCAGAACUUGAUUUAGUUAUGACAGAAAGCCCAAUAUGUGCUUCUCCUCCAAAACCAAUAGGUGUUGAUUUGAUGAGGCCUUCUGAGUCCGGCUCAUAUCAGCCAUAUUCAAGUCAAGCUCUGACUGCUGAUGGUGCUCAAAGGGAGCAAAGAAUACUUGGACGUUUACAGGAUGAGAAGUUUCUAUUGAGAGCCGAAUUGUAUCGAUGGCUUGUGGAACUUGAGAAGGACAAGAGCACAAAAUUGGACAGGAAGACAGUUGAUCGAUUGUUAAAGAAGCUUCAGCAACAAGGGCACUGCAAAUGCGUGCACAUUAAUGUGCCUGUUGUAACGAAUUGUGGACGAAGCCGUAUUACUCAGGUGGUUCUGCACCCAUCUGUCGAAGCUUUACAUCAAGAGCUGAUAAGUGAAAUUCAUGACAGAUUGAGAUCAUUUGAAAUGCAAAUCCGUGGCCAUGGAACAUCGAAGCUCAAAAGCAAUGAUUCAAUUCCUGUGUUAGAUGGUGUCCAGAGAACUCAGGGCCAUGUUGAGUCAGAUGCCAAAGCUGCAAAAUCAGAAGCCAUUCGUGCCAAUGGUUUUGUGCUGGCAAAAAUGGUACGCUCAAAACUGCUGCAUCGGUUUUUAUGGGGAUUCUUGAGUAGUUUUCAUGGUUGGGAUGAUGAUUUAUCACUUGACAAACACCCACAUGAUCAGAAAAAUCUUCACGGUUCAUGCAUUUUAUUUUCACUGGAAGCGGCCAUAAAAGCUAUUCCACUUGAACUUUUCUUACAAGUUGUGGGAACUGCUCUAAAGUUUGAUGAUAUGAUUGCAAAGUGUAACAAAGGCUUUUGUCUUUCUGAUCUUCACAUUGAAGAGUAUAAGCUUCUAAUGGAUACUCAGGCAACUGUAAGACUUUCUUUGCUCAUUGACAUCCUAAGGCGCUUGAAGUUGAUUCGGCUGGUACCUGAUGAAUGUUCAGAUAACAUAUUAAAGGUACCACAUGCCAAUUUGACCCAUGCUAUGGAGCUUAAACCUUACAUAGAGGAACCACUGUCAUGGGUUGCCACAUCUACUUCUAAAUCUCUUGAUCUUCGUCCUAGAAUCAGGCAUGAUUUCAUCUUGUCUAAUAGAGAAGCUGUUGAUGACUAUUGGAAAACUUUGGAAUAUUGCUAUGCAGCUGCUGACCCAAGAGCUGCUUUACAUGCAUUCCCUGGAUCUGCUGUUCAUGAGGUUUUCCUUAAUCGAUCGUGGGUCUCGGAUCGAGUUAUGACAGCUGAUCAGCGUGCUGAGCUCCUAAAGCGAAUUGUGAAGGAUGACUUAAAUGAAAAACUUUCAUAUAGAGACUGUGAAAAAAUUGCAAAGGAUCUUAAUCUGACCUUACAGCAGGUGCUUCGUGUAUAUUAUGAUAAGCAGCAAAAGCGCCUAAAUAGAUUUCGGGGUUUUCCAAAUAGCAAUGAAGAGCAGUAUCAACGACAAAGAAAUAAACGGUCAUCUGAUCGGAAAAGAAAGAGAUGCUCAACCGUGAAAUCAAAAGAAAGAGAGGUUGCUGCACUACUUGAUGGCAUUGAUGGACUAAAAGAAGACUAUUCUUUAGCUCCAGCGGGACCUGCUGUCUCCCAAGCGUAUCAGGAAGCUGAUUCUGUUGAAGCCAUGGAUAAGCUAGGGUCACUUGAAGAGGAUGAGGAGUGUUAUUCCUUAAUUAGCCAAAAUUUCUUUCCAAAAAUGAAGCCAACGCGUAAAAAAAGAAUCUCAUGGACAGAUAAAACGGACAGGGAAUUGAUAACCCAAUAUGCAAGGUAUCGUGCUGCCAUGGGGGCAAAAGUUCACCGUGUAGAUUGGACUUCACUUGCUGGCCUACCAGCACCUCCUCAUGCUUGUUCAAGAAGAAUGGCAUCCCUAAAUAGAAGUGAAAAAUUUAGGAAAGCAUUAAUGAAGCUAUGCAAUAUGCUUAGUGAACGAUUUAUGAGGCAUCUUGAGAAAAACCAAAAUAAGUCAUCCGGCAGUAGUGAUUGCAGACUUCUUCGAUUUCCAGCAAUUCAAUUCUCCAAUGGAAUCGAACAUGACGAAGAUGCAAGCUUUGAGGUGGAAAGAUGGGAUGAUUUUGACGACAAAAAAAUGAAAAGUGCUUUGGAGGAUGUUCUUCGUUUUAAACAGAUUACUAAACUCGACGCCUCUACAAGGGUCAGAUCUAUAUCUGCUGAGUGGUCGAGUAUAAACAUGAAUUCUGAGGUUAAUCAGGAACGACAGGGAACUGAAAUGGUUCUGGCAACCGCCCAAGAUGAGGAUAUAGGAAUGCCUGGUGCUGGUCGACGCAAAGGCUCUAUUCGAAGUUCAGAACACCAUCGCUUUCGUCAAAAGUUAGUUAGGCUUUGGAAUGUAGGAAAUGGCAUUGGCAGACAAGUACACGAAUCGUUGGCUGUUUCUAACGCUGUUGAACUAUUUAAGCUUGUUUUUUUGAGCAUAUCUACAGCACCACAAUUUCCAAAUUAUCUCUCAGAAACCUUGCAUCGUUAUUCAGAGCAUGAUCUAUUUGCAGCUUUUAGCUAUCUUAGAGAUAGAAAAAUUAUGAUUGGUGGUACUUGCGGUCAACCUUUUGUACUUUCUCAACAAUUCUUGCACAGUAUUUCCAAGUCUCCAUUUCCUUGCAAUACAGGCAAGAGAGCAGCUAAUUUUUCUGCUUGGAUUCGUGAAAGAGAAGAACUUAUGGAAGGGGGAAUUAAUCUGACUGCAGAUUUGCAAUGUGGUGAUAUUUUCCAUUUGUUUUAUCUGGUUUUUUCUGGUGAACUUUCUCUUUCCCCAUGCUUACCAGAUGAAGGUGUUGGAGAAGCUGAAGACUUGAGAAGCUUUAAACGUAGAGCUGAGGAUAAUGAAUUAUGUGAUGCAGAUAAGGCUAAGAAAUUAAAAUCCAUUGCAGAAGGAGAAUUUGUUUCACGACGAGAAAAGGGCUUUCCUGGAAUCAUGGUAUCCGUGUAUUGCACAACAUUUCCAACAGCCACUGCUUUAGAAUUGUUCAAGGAUGCAGAGACAUUAAAUCCUGAGCUUUUGAAUGAUGAAAGUUCAACUAAUUUGGACCAUAUAAAGGAAAUGCUCGAGUUCAAUAGUAAUGUCACCGUAGCAUCGAAGUCUAGCGAUUCACCUUGGGAAGAUAUGGCUAGUUACACUGAGCAUCUGUUGUCAGAUCCUUCUGAUGAAGGACAAGGUGAUCACUUUGAUCCUGAGAUCAUCAAGGCUGUUUGCUCUGAAAUUCAGAAGGCUGGGGACCAAGGUUUAAGCAUAGAAGAUGUUUAUAGUCUUGUCAAAUUGCCAGGAGAAAAGACACCUGAAAUUAUCAUUGAUACGCUCCAAGCAUUUGGACGAGCUAUCAAGGUCAAUGCUUAUGACUCUGUUCGCGUUGUCGAUGCUUUAUACUACUCCAAGUAUUUUCUUUCCACAGUUUCUUGUUUCCAUCAAGAUCUUAAACCGUCUUUGUCAAUAACAUGCCAAGAAAAGGAUGGUGGCAACUUAAUCCUUCAGCAAGAAAAUCUGAGUCUUGAGUCUGCAAUGUUAUCGGGGAGCGGUGAUGCGCACAAAGUUACCAUUCUUAAUCUUCCUGAAGACCAUCCUUUAGCUUCCAAUGAAAUUCCUACUAGCAAUGCAAAUGAAACCUGCAUGUAUGGUAAAGUUGGUUUAUCAAAAGGGAAUGAUGGGGGGAUGAUUUAUAAGCCUUUUUCAGGUGAACGAUUGGUGCCUAUAUUGCCUUGGGUGAAUGCAGAUGGGACCAUCAACAAGUCUGUCUACAAUGGACUUGUACGCCGUGUUCUUGGUACUGUGAUGCAAAAUCCUGGGAUAUUGGAGGAGGAUAUCAUCCGCCGGAUGGAUGUACUAAAUCCCCAGAGUUGUAGAAAGCUGCUGGAAUUGAUGAUAUUGGAUAGACACCUCGUCGUGAAGAAGAUGCUUCAAACGACAGGUACCGGUCCUCCUGCCCUUUUGGCAACCCUACUUGGGAGUAGCUGUAGAGAAUCAACGUUGGUAUGCCGCAGACAUUUCUUUGCAAGCCCUACAAGUACCUUCUUUUUGUAAGAAUGUUGAAACUGGUUUCUGUAAAUAAACACCAUAGAUCCCAUAGGCAGCAUUGGUU